GCUUGGGACAUGAUCGGUUUAACAUCGAAACGGUUCGCACUGAGUGAAAAAUUCAAUCCGUAGACUGGUGAUCGGGGGGGAUAUCCGGCGAGGGUGCGAGGGAAAGCUCGCCUUAAGAGUGGACAAGUGGUUUUGCUUUAAAGUUCCAAUUGAAUAGCAGUUUGAUUAUUCAGUGUGGGAUGAAGAUAAUUUUGAUGCAAGGAUCUUGGUGUCAAAUUACCCUGAGCGAAAAAAGUGGCUCGAAGUUUUUUUCCCCAUUUGUUCGGAUUGAUUGAAAUUUGGAAAGAGUAUCUUUCGCGGUGGAUGUCAGUGUGUAGAACAUGAAGAGUGACAGAUUGAAGAUGGAAACAUUAAAGGCUAUAAAUAAAUCAAAUCGCCAACUCGGAUGGAGGCUUUAAAGGGAACGCGGAACCGUGAUGAUAAUACUAAGAAGACUUGGCGCCAGAUUCCCACCAUGUUUUUAGCAAGCAACAGUCGCGUACACACCUAGCUAUAUGUAAACGAACCGCACAAAGCGUGCCAGUGAAGUGGCAAACAGGAUUAAGAGCAGAAAAAGAACAAUUUAAAGUGAACAAUGCUGCUACCGUUGGCUGUUAUCCUCUUGUGGUUUGGGGAAACGCUGGCGGGUGCGCCUCCAAUCUCAUCGUUCUCGUGGGAAAAUUUCGAAAACAUAACCCACGAGCCGGCUUUUGUGACGAGGGGCAGAGUGCUGCGAAGUGUAAGCAAAUCGGUCCUAUUAGUGAAUGAAACCAACGUUCUGAAUAGAAAUUCCAUCAAUACGGCUUUCGAGCGAACGAGACUGUCUGCGGCCGGCGGGAAAAAACGACUCCGGGAGGUGUCCAUUCUCGGACUGUUCGAGCUGAGCACCCGGCAGGGAGUGCGGAAGGAAGGAUACAGUGAAUUGGCGGCCGCCCAACUGGCGGUGCAACAUAUCAACCGGAGGGGUUUGCUGCUCGGAUACACACUGAAGCUCUUAACGAAUGAUACCAAGUGUGAUCCAGGCGUUGGUAUCGAUCGUUUUUUUCAUGCCCUGUACACCCAUCUGGAUAAACGAAUAAUCAUGGUAUUGGGUUCCGCUUGUUCUGAAGUCACCGAAAGCCUAGCCAAAGUGGUUCCAUACUGGAAUAUUGUGCAGGUUUCCUUCGGUUCGACUUCCCCGGCACUGAGCGAUCGAAGAGAGUUUCCACUGUUCUACAGAACCGUCGCACCCGAUUCAUCACACCACUCGGCGCGUAUUGCGUUCAUUCGAUACUUUGGCUGGGAUACGGUCGCAACUUUUUCCGAAAAUGAGGAAGGCCAUUCGCUGGCCAUCAACGAUUUGGUUACCGAGCUGGAGCGGGCUAACAUUACCUGCGCUGCGACGAUUUCGUUCGCCGAGACGGAUUUCAAGGAACAGCUCAAGCUACUGCGGGAUAAAGACAUACGGGUUAUUAUUGGCAGCUUCUCACACGAAAUCGCUGCGAAAGUGUUUUGUGAGGCCUACUAUUUGGGUAUGUUCGGAGCUGACUACGCGUGGAUUCUCCAAGACUCGCAGAUCUCCUUCUGGUGGUUGGUCCAAUCGGCCACUUGCCCCCUGUCGAAUCUCCUGCGGGCGGUAGAAAAUGUGCUGCUAGUGUCCAGCUACAAUAGUAUCGUAGGAAUGGGAAACGCCCUCAGCGGUUUGGUAAGAACCAUAAAUUUGUUGAAUGAACCGAAAAGUACAUUCCACUCACUAUUCCAGACAAACGAAAUCUUCCUCCGAAAGCUGCUGGAAAUGAACGUGACGGAUCCGGUAUCGCAGUUCGCCCCACAGACCUACGAUGCCGUGUGGGCGAUGGCACUAGCACUGCGUGGUGCCGAACGGACCUGGACCCAAGUGGCGCACCCAAAUCGAACCCGGCUAGCGCACUACGAUUACACUCGAUUUGACAUCGCUCGGGAACUGCUGCGACAAUUCGACAGCCUACAGUUCAAUGGCAUUUCCGGGCCGGUUUCGUUCGACGGAGCCGAUCGCGUUGGUACGACUUCAUUCCACCAGAUUCAGGCCGGUGCGCUGCGGUUGAUUGCAUUCUACUAUCGCAAAAAUCAGACGCUUGAUUUUGGUUGUCCUGAGUGCGACUCCGUGCAGUGGGAAUCUGGCCAGGUGCCGAUUGCCAAGCGUAUUCUACGUCUCCGAGUCGAUGCAGUGUCACCGUUGGCUUUCUACACCAUCGUUAUUCUGUCAAUUGUAGGAAUAGUUAUGUCGGUACUAUUCCUUGGAUUAAACUUGCAUUUCCGGAAGUUGAAAACGAUGAAGCUGUCCAGCCCAAAGCUAAGCACAAUCACCGUUUGUGGGUGUAUUGUAGUGUACGUAGCAACAAUCUUGCUUGGAUUGGAUCAUUCUACGCUGCCUUGGCCAUCGGUUACGUUCUCCACUAUCUGCAUGGCAAGAAUUUAUUUUCUUUCAGCUGGAUUUUCUCUAGCUUUCGGAGCUAUGUUUGCCAAAACCUUCCGAGUUUAUCGAUUGUUCACAUUAAGUGCCGGAGGCCUUUGCAGGGAUAAGAUUCUGAGGGAUACUCAACUGAUUUCACUGAUUGGAGCCCUACUGCUGCUGGAUGCCUGUGUAGUUUCAUUCUGGAUGACGGCUGAUCCGAUGGAACGAUAUUUGCACAAUUUAACGUUGGAAAUUAGUGCCACGGAUCGAAGUUUGGUUUACCUCCCACAGGUCGAACUCUGCCGUUCGCGGCACUACGAAAGUUGGCUUGGAAUUUUGUACGUCUAUAAGGGAAUGCUGCUGAUUGUUGGAGUUUACAUGGCGUGGCAAACGAGGAAUGUGAAGAUCGCAGCUUUGAACGAUUCUCAGUAUAUUGGGGUGUCGGUUUACAGUGUGGUGAUUACGAGUGCAAGUGUUGCCGUGCUGACGAAUCUUCUGUACGAAAAAGUCACACUGGCAUUUGUGAUCACUUCAGGUUUCAUUCUCGUCUCAACGACAGCAACACUCUGUUUGUUGUUUCUUCCCAAAGUAAAGGACAUUUUCGACAAGGGAGAGGUCUAUGAUCCAGUGAUUCACAGCAUGGGACUAAAAAUGCAGUGCAAUACGCGCAGGUUUGUUGUGGAUGAUCGACGUGAACUUCAGUUUCGCGUGGAAGUUCAAAACCGAGUGUACCGGAAAGAAAUCGAAGCUUUGGAUGCUGAAAUCAACCGGUUAGAGAAGCUAUUAGCUUAUUCUUCACGAUCGUCAUCGCACUCAUCGGAAACUAAUGUCAAACAAUUGGAGGACUUCGAUGCAUUCAGUGCAACAUCCAGCGGUCUUCCGAUGUUGCUACUGUCUGUUCUGCCGCCGGUUAUACCACGAGCGAGUUGGCCAACUGUUGAGCUGAUUCCAUCUCCGUUAAAAAGAAACGUGGCUUUCAGCUCGCAACCACAAAUUGAAAUUGGGAACGGUGAUGAAAACACCGGAGGGGUCAUCGGUCGGAUGAGGUGUUUGUUUGGAUCACGAAUACACAAAACGGCCUCCACUUCGGCGCUGGGUGGACUUGCGGCUACCGGACUGGCACUGCGCCCUUCGGCUUUGACAAUCUUCACCGAAACGGACGCCGAAGAAGAGCUUUCUUCACCGAGUGUUCGCGGUAGAACGGAAAUUUUCACGGUGCAGCAACCAUCAGCGGAAGAGUUGCGACUGACGGGAUCUGAACCACGGGUGAACUUUGCGUUACCUGAUGAGGAUGGCCGUCGUCGGGCUUCGACCGUGGAGCCACUGACCUUGCGUGAACGUAUCAAGGGAUCUCCCCGCUUCCCACAUCGGGUGCGCCCUGUUGGACGUCCCAUCCGACUAGGUGAUUGCGGUCAGCCGAGCUUUUUGACGGUCAAAAGUUGCGAGGGAUUGCCGCGGCAAAAUGCUAAUUCGGAGAUCAAGUGGAAGUCAAUGGAUUUGAUUACGUCCGGUGAUGGGGAGCAAUACUAGACCACGGAAGCAAAAGAUUGUUGUGACAUGUCUGCUGUUUCUCUCUAGGCGGUUUCAGAGUAGACCGAAUUGAAAGCAAUGACCACUGAAACUGGUUAACAUUAGGCGAUAUAUUAUAUACUACUGCGUGCUGUGUUCUAUAGAGAAAUAUAGUGUACUUCUAGA